AUGAGCCAGCAGAAUCAGGUCGUCUCAUCAACUAGACCUAAUGGCCUGCAAUAUUCCUUCGGGACGAAUGGCGCUGGUCACUCAUUCACUUGGAGCCCUCCGGCCCCUUCGGGGUCGCUGGAUCAACUAGACCAUGAUAAGAUGCCCCAUGGAAAGCGCCGAAGGCUUAAUGAGGUGCAAAUCAACCUUGCGGUGCAUGGAGUCGCCAAGAUCCGGCUCGGGGAAGACACGACACUCGAUUUCACAUCGUAUUAUCAAGAGGCAGAGAAGAAGCUUUUGGACGUCAAAGCUGAGCAAGCCCAGCUUCUACGAAGGCUUGAUGAAGCCGGCGAGGGCCACAAGAAGACUCUUUCGAAUGUCAAAGCUGAGCGAGACGAACUUUCACGCCAGCUUAUUGAAGCCACUAAGGAUCACGACAAGACUAUUUCCGAGGUCAAAGCUGAGAGAGAUCAACUUCGGCAUCAGCUUAAAGAUGCCUCCAAAGAACAUGAGAAGACCAGGCAGGAACUGCGGAAUUUGCAAGCGCAAAUAUCGCAAAAAGCUUCCCUCAAUGCCGCGAGAAUCGGUUUACACCAAAGGCGUGCGAUGAAAGCUAAAACAAAGCUAAUAGAAUCCCACAGUAAGCAGCUCGCAGAUGACGCUGGGAAGAUCGAGAUGCUCCAGAAGGAGCUCCAGAUGUCUGAGGACACUCAUCAAGCUGUCGCAGGCGUAUUGAAGAUGCGAGAGAGUGAGCUUAAAGCUUGUCAAGACGAAUAUGCCAGGAAGUUUGAAGAACUCAACGUGACCAACACAAAAAGUGUCGUCGAGAAAAUGAGUUUGGGAGGAAGUGUAUCCGUAAUUUCGGGGCCUCAUUGGACCCUCGACGAGCGGUCUGAUGCCGAGAUCAUGACGGCAAAACUUCACAUUGAGAGAUGGCAUCUUCAAAUCAUUCCCAACUACGAGAAGAAACAUUUGGAAGAAAAAUUGGGGGCAGUCGAUCUGCUAUGCGGCCUGCAAAUGACCACGGACAAUGACGAGACCCCCUCCUCCAACGAGGCUAUCGUCGAAAAAGUGGAAGACUGCGCGAGGAUCACUUGA